AUGCUGGCAGGCUGUAGGUUUGUUGUCCUGGAUAAUAAUGUGUAUCAACGCGGUCUUGCCGCAGAUAGAGUGUUUGCGAUGUGCCGAAAUAAAGACCGAGCAAUUCAUGACGAAAAAUUUAAUGUUGCAACUCCUACUAUUGGUAGAUGGGAAAAACCUUGCAUUGGGGUAAAAUGUAAUGUUGACGCUGCAUUUUUUGUUGAAGUCGGGGCUAAGAAGAACUUUUAUCACAUUGAUGAAGUGAUUAUUGGUGAUGGUGAGAGUAUCCAAGUCAAUAAUUACAACUUAACUUAUGGUUUUGCGGAGAAAAAUGCAGUUAAAUACCGUAAGAGAGAAGAGAAUAUACUACCGCUGAAUGAAUACAAGAAAACAGAGAAGAAGAGAACAAUGCGUGCUAUUCCAGUCUCCACACAAGCUUUUCCAUUCCUUCUUCAACCAUCAAACACUUCCAUUUCCACAACCACCUCAUCAUCCCUUUUCUUCUCCUCUCAUCCUUUUCAUUCAUCAAUUACCCUUUCUCCUAAACCAUCCACUCCUUUCUUCUCUCGCGCUUCCAAACCCAACAACUCAACCACUUUAAACCCCGAUAAUGAUGAUGAUUCUGGUAAUUUGUUGGUGACAGAGGAUGAUCAAGUUGAACAAGACUCAGACUCGUUGGUUGAAGAUGGUGUAUACAUAGAGGUCAUGAAGCUUGAGCAGAAGAAUUCACGCAGAAUUGAGUCUAGGAUUUCCAUUGAUGCUUCACUUCAUUCCAUUUGGAAUAUCUUGACUGAUUAUGAAAGGUUGGCUGAUUUCAUUCCUGGUCUUGCUCUCAGCAAAUUGAUCCAAAAGGGUCCCAAUUUUGCUCGUCUUUUGCAGAUCGGAGAGCAGAACUUGGCAUUUGGGUUAAAAUUUGAUGCUAGAGGAGUUAUAGAUUGUUAUGAGAAAGAAUUGGAGACUCUUCCAUCUGGUAUGAAGCGUGACAUAGACUUCAAGAUGGUUGAAGGGGAUUUUCAGCUCUUUGAAGGAAAAUGGUCUAUUUUGCAGACGUUCAGCAAUGGAAGUUGCGAGGAGUCUCCGUUUCGAGAAACUAACACAACACUUUCAUACAUUGUUGAAGUUAAGCCGAAGAUGUGGUUGCCCAUUCGGCUCAUAGAGGGUAGACUUUGCAGCGAGAUAAAAAAGAACCUUACUUCCAUAAGGGGAGAAGCUCAGAAAGCUACUGACAGAACUGUAAAUGCAAAUCAAUUCGAAUGAGUAAUGUAAAUAUCAUAGAAAAAUGAAUACAAGUAAAGUUCAUUUUGUGUCAAUUCUCACUUGGUAAGGCUACAAGCUUGGCCAUAUUCUUCUAAAAUAUCUUCAAGUUCUGGACUGGACCA